UGCAGCAGCCGCCGCCGUUGCCGGGCUGAGGCUGGAGUUUCCCAAGAUGAGAACGGAAGGCAGAUGGGGGGCAGCCCGGAGACUGCCGUCGAGCAAGGUGGACUGCAGCCAUGCCAGGUGCUGACACAAUGACAGCGAGCGCAGUCACCGAUGUGAGCAUCAAGCCUAUAACCAGUGUUUGCAAAACUAUUGAGAGGAUCAAGCUUGCGAGUCUAAAUAAUACAUCCACAGAGACGGCAUUUCGGUGUGGGCCUUCAAAGAGGAAGGGCUGGGAGAGUGUUGCCAUCACGCCUGAGCUGGUACAUCAAAGAGAGCCACCUGCUGUGGAAAAGACCACCCUGAAAGCACUGGAGAACUUGAUGUUGGACCCACGGCUGGAUUAUUUUCAGCAGAACAUGUUCAGUCCCAAGAUGAUCAUUGGUGACUCAUCUGUAGAUCUCAACAUCCGGGAAAGUGGCAGGAUCAUCAGGAAGCAGAUGGGAGGUGCUCAGAACCUUCGAGCUGUUGGAAAAGUCAGUUUGAAAAAUAAGCCUUUGAGUAUCAAGGACAAGAUUUCGGAGUGGGAAGGGAAAAAGGAAACACUGUCCCCUGUCUCCACCUGCAAGGAGGAAGAUCAAGGAGUUAGAGAGGAGCUCAGUUCAUUUUUAGGUACAGUGGAGAAGAUGAGCAGAGAAAAUGCAGUGGAGAAGAUGAGCAGGGAGAAUGCAGUGACCACAAGGGAAAUAGAUACCAAGAGGCUUCUAAACCGGCAGCUGGAAUGUAAAGGGGCAAGCAAAGAGAAUGAGAGGAGGGCAGGGGCUCUGAAAAGUGCCGGGCAGCUGGCAGAGAGAAAAGCAGACUUGAGGUUAAGGGAGGAAGAGCCUAAUUCCAAUGUUGGCAAAGGCACUGAGUCGAAGGACGGUAAGAAAGAUGUCCAGAAGGAGAAUGUGUCUGUCCUGAGUCAGGUCAAGAAGCUGGAGCAGGCCUUGAAGGGAGGUUCAGUUGAGCUCCAGCCACAAUUACCUGGUACUUACUAUUCCCCGCACUGCCUGCAAGAGAAAACCGAGGAGGGGCAGAGCCUCCCCGAAGGCCAGGAAAGCAUCGGUAGGCCAGAGCUCAGUAAGCGCCUCCUCAGCCUGGACUCUGAAGCCAGCGAGCCGAUCUUUGGGACUCUGGAGGAGGUGAAAGCGCCUCGGGCGAAAUGCAAGCCCGGCAACGAGGAAAACGUGUAUACGGAGCCAGGAUUGCCGGAGAAGAAACCUUUUAUCAAUCCGCUCCCUAAGCCCCGGCGGACUUUCAAACACGAGGGUGAGGAGGGAUGGGUUCCGCCCGUUCGGAAUAAGAGGAACUUGCCCCCUCUGCCUUCUAUUCCACCCCCUCCUCUCCCUUCCUCACCUCCUCCAUCGGCUGUUAGCAGGAGACUGAGGAAUGGGAAGCACAAGGCUAAUGCCGAUCACAGGAAGUCUUAUGAGUUUGAAGACCUGUUGCAGUCCUCUUCUGAGAACGGCCGGGUGGAUUGGUAUGCUCAGACCAAGCUGGCCCUCACACGCACUUUAUCAGAGGAAAAUGUCUAUGAAGAUAUUCUAGAUCCGCCAGCAAAAGAGAACCCCUAUGAAGAUAUUGAGACAAAUAGUCGUUGCCUGGGGAAGAAAUGUGUCCUGAACUUUCCAGCGUCUCCUUCAUCUUCAGUUCCUGGCACACCCACAAAGCUGCUCUCCAAGCCCAUUUUCUUCCGGCAAAACUCAGAACGGCGGAGUUUCAAGUUAUUAGACAUACGGAAAUCAAAUCGGGAUGGAACGUGUUCUCCUUCCAAAAUCAGCCCCCCUUCCACCCCUAGCAGCCCUGAUGAUACUUUCUUUUCCUUGGGUGAUUCUCAGAAUGGCAAGAGGAGGAGAAAAAUUCCUAAGCUGGUGUUGAAAAUCAAUGCCAUUUAUGAGGCACGAAGAGGGAAGAAGCGAGUCAAGAGGUUGUCGCAGUCCACAGAGAGCAGCUCAGGAAGAGUUACAGAUGAAAAUAGUGAAUCAGACAGUGAUACUGAAGAGAAGCUUAAAGCUCACAGCCAGCGCCUGGUCCAUGUGAAGUCUCGCCUGAAGCAAGCCCCCAGGUACCAAACCUUGGAGAGGGAUCUGAUCGAGUACCAAGAGCGGCAGCUCUUUGAAUACUUUGUCGUGGUGUCACUGCACAAGAAGCAGGCCGGUGCCCCGUACGUCCCUGAAGUCACCCAGCAGUUUCCGUUAAAGCUUGAACGUUCCUUUAAAUUCAUGAGGGAGGCAGAGGACCAGCUAAAGGCUAUUCCUCAGUUUUGCUUCCCUGAUGCGAAAGACUGGACACCCGUCUUACAAUUUACCAGGCAAACUUUCUCGUUUGUCUUGACUAGUGAAGAUGGCAGCCGAAGGUUUGGAUACUGCAGAAGGCUGCUGCCCAGUGGGAAAGGGAAGCGUCUUCCUGAAGUUUACUGCAUUGUGAGCCGCCUCGGAUGUUUCAACCUCUUCUCCAAGAUCUUAUAUGAGGUUGAGAAAAGGCGUGGGAUUUCACCCGCUUUGGUGCAGCCCCUGAUGAGGAGCGUCAUGGAGGCUCCAUUUCCAGCUCUGGGCCGAACUAUCACUAUAAAGAACUUCCUGCCUGGCUCUGGGACAGAGGUGAUAGAGUUGCGUCGGCCACUCGACUCGAGGCUCGAGCACGUGGAUUUUGGGUCCCUGUUCUCCUCGCUAAGCAUCCGGCACUUAAGCAGAGUGUUCGCUUCCCUGUUGCUGGAAAGAAGGGUGAUAUUUAUAGCCGACAAACUCAGCACCUUGUCCAAAUGCUGCCAUGCCAUGGUGGCGCUCCUUUACCCCUUCACGUGGCAGCACACCUACAUCCCUGUGCUUCCGCCUUCGAUGAUUGACAUCGUAUGCUCGCCAACCCCCUUUCUGAUUGGUCUGCUCUCCAGUUCGUUACCCCGCCUCAAGGAGCUGCCCGUGGAAGAGGUCCUCGUCGUUGACCUUGUUAAUAACCGGUUUCUCCGACAGAUGGAAGAUGAAGACUCUAUUUUGCCUCGGAAGUUGCAAGGAGCUUUAGAACACAUCCUGGAGCAGAGGAACGAGCUGGCCAGCGACAAGGAGGAAGGCGCGCUCAACGGGAAGCAGGCCUCGCCAGAGUCCAGCCCCUUGAACGAAGUGGUGUCGGAAGCUUUUGUCCGCUUCUUCGUGGAGAUUGUGGGGCACUAUUCCCUUUUUAUGACUCCCGCGGAGAAGGAAGAGCGGGCCCUGCAGCGGGAGGCCUUCCGGAAGUCGGUCUCGUCAAAGAGCCUUCGGCGGUUCCUGGAGGUCUUCAUGGAGACUCAGAUGUUCGGGGGCUUCAUUCAGGAACGAGAAUUGCGGAAACAGGGAGCCAAAGGUUUAUUUGAGGUACGUGCCCAGGAGUACUUGGAAACUCUUCCCAGUGGAGAGCAGAGUGGAGUCAAUAAAUUCCUGAAAGGACUAGGAAACAGAAUGAAAUUUCUCCAUAAGAAAUAAGACCUCAGAGUGCCACUGUUACGGGGAGCAAGGAUUUUGUUAUUUACAGUUCAACAGAUGUGAAAUGGACCUUUUAUUCUUCCAUUUUAAAAUGGAUUCCCAGUUCGCCUGCUCCAAAGGCGAGGAAGGCCUGGAGGCAGGGCUUGCCUUGGAUUUGUGCUCUGAGAAAAGCUGGCCAGUGGCCUCCUAAACAGCGUUAAGGGGAUCACGAAGACACUGCCAGACCCGGUCUCUGGCCUUCUACAAAGGACAUGCACUGGACAAAGCACUCUCGGGACUCUCUCCAUUAGAGCUUUGCAGACCUUCACGGUGGUUUUUAUUUUUUAGCUAUUAAGUGUUUUUGGACUCUUUCUUAUUUAUAUUGAGGUUAGGAAGAUGAUUAGCCAAUGAGCCCUUGCCCCAGCUCCUCUCCCACGUGGUAGCGAGGCCGUGCGGGGCAGAGGGCUGCAUUAAGCUGGACCGUGAGGUCGUGAUACUGAAAAGACAAGAGGACAGGGGAGAGGGGAAUGAGGGGGGCACGGUGGGCAGAUGCCACGAGGGGACACGAGGCCCACAGAGACGAGCAGGAGGAGAGAGAAGACGCAAAUGAGGGAAGGGGAGGUCAAGGAGGGACCACUGAAGCUGCUCAGAAUUUGCUACCCAUGCAAGCAACCACUAAGUGAUGGGAGAUUUGCUGCCCCUCCUAGACUUCGGGGGACACAUGCGCACCCUUAAGCUAAGACUCUGAUGUGAUGUAAUUAAAAGUGAGUGGUUAUGGAAAAGAAAAUGUGCUUCGUCUUGUAUGAUUUAAGGGAGUUGUUUACGUGC